UGUUUAAUUUUGUACUCGUACGGAGUGUUUUAAACAAUGGGUCUUACUAAACAAUAUUUGGCGUUCAAGCCGACGUCAAUUUUCAACAUAAUCGCCAGUGGCCGGGCGAACAUUUCGUUUGUUACGAUUGGAGGCGUGGAUGGCCGUUAUGUAGCGGUGGCCGGGGCUGAAAAUGUCCUCGUUUGGAACACAAGACUUGGUAAGAGGGUUUUGGAAAUGACACGCGACAAGCAGGAAGUUACUUAUCUACGACCAAGUCCGGAUCAGAAACAUCUUGCAGUUGGUUAUACGGACGGUGUGAUUGAAAUAUUCAGUUUGGAAAGUCAACAGUCUGUGUGCACCUUCGCGGCCCAUCGAUCGGCAAUUAGUUCUUUAAAUUACGACCUCGUCGGUUUGAAAUUAGUUUCUGGUGGGCUUGAUAAUGAUAUUGUCGUAUCAGAUGUGGUAGCUCAGAGUGGCAAGUGCCGCCUGGUGGGACACAAUGCACCCAUAACGGGAGCUUGCUUUAUGCAAAAGUAUCACGAUGUGGUGAUUUCCUGUUCCAAAGACACCCAAAUAAAGUUUUGGAACAUUGAUACUCAAAGUUGUUUUAAAACCAUCGUAGAUCACAGGACGGAGGUUUGGGGCAUUGCCUUGAUGCGACAUGACGACUUUGUUGUCGCUGGAUCAGGCGACACUCAGCUUACGGUUUAUAAGAUUGUUGAGAAUAAUAAAGAACACAUUACGGAACCCGUAGGAGAAUUGGAAGAGAUAUUGCUGGAGUCGGAAGCCAGCGCUCCGUUUCGUUGUACACAAAUAGGGAACAUCCAACGGUCUGGUUUCGGUAGAACAAUUAAUCUGAUUGCGGAGAGUAAUGGACAAAUUCUCGGCUGUCACGGAACGGAUCGAAAGAUUGAACUUUUCUACUUCUGUACCGCUGAAGAGUCACUUGCCCGCCUAACAAAACGUCUGAAAAAGCUGGACUUGAAAUCCAAAGUACAAGACUCUAUUACAUCGACGACAAAUGCCCCUGAACGUCAAUUGUCGCUAACGGAUGAGAUCAAGCGGUUGCCGGCAAUAUCGGUAUCGGAUAAAAUAAAAUCGUUUGAUCUUCUUCUUGGCAACCGAAAUGAUCUGCGUGUUUGUGUCACAUACGUGAGGAACCUCGUGCAAAUUUACAUGAUAAACGUAGGGGAAAAACAUGCUGAGGCGAGCGUUAUCCAAAGUAUUCGUCAACAGGGUCAUCUUUCCGAAGCUCGUAGCGUCACAUUUAGUUCGGACAACCUAGCGAUCGCCUCCGCUAGUGGAGAGUCUUUAAAAUUAUGGAAUCGAGCUUCUCAGUCUUGUCUGCGAACAAUUGAAACUGGUUACGUGUUGAGUUCAUGUUUUGUUCCAGGAGAUAGACAUGUGCUGGUUGGAUUGAAAACUGGCGAGCUGUUAAUUAUUGACAUAGUGACCGGGGAGGUGAUCGAAAAGAUUGCAGCACACGAGAAAGAACUAUGGAGCAUUGUUCUCACACCUGAUAUGCGCGGAUGCGUUACAGGUGGAGGAGACACCACCGUCAAAUUUUGGAGUUUCGAGCUGAUUGCUGAUCCCAAUCGAGAAGAUAACAGUGAAGUGAAGGUUCUUUCUCUUCUCCACAAGAACGUAUUAAAAUUGGAAGAAACAGUUCUCUGUGUACGAAUUUCUCGGAAUGGUAAAUAUAUUGCCGUCGCUCUUUUGGACUCCACGGUGAAAAUAUUCUUCCUGGAUUCUUUGAAAUUUUAUCUCUCGCUUUACGGGCACAAACUACCGGUACUUUGUAUGGACAUCUCGUACGAUUCCACCCUCAUCGUGACCGGUUCAGCCGAUAGGAGUAUUAAAAUUUGGGGCAUGGAUUUCGGUGAUUGCCACCGGUCGUUGAUAGCCCACGACAACACUGUAACCGGACUGGAGUUUAUUCCCAAAACACACAUGUUUUUCUCCUGUGGCAAAGAUGGUAAGCUGAAGCAGUGGGAUGCCGACAGUUUCGAAAAAAUUGUUACCCUGCCGGGACAUGUGGGUGAGGCCCACAGUUUGGCCAUCAGUCCCAACGGAAAGUUUGUGGUCAGCUGCGGAUCGGAUAGAACUUUACGAUUGUUCGAGCGAACAGAUGAAACGUUAGUUUUGCAAGAUGUCCAAGAGGAAGAACGGGAAGAGUUGGAGAAUGUCACACUAGCUACAGGGGACGAUUCCAGUGUUCCGGGUCUCCCGGGACUAAAAUUGCCCUCUAAAAAGACUAUCGGAUCGGAAAAAGCCGCCGAAAAUAUACUUGAAUGUUUGGAGGUGAGCAAGAAAUUUGAACAGGAAGACAGCAAGAACAUCAUUCCGCCGCUGAUGUGCGCCUACGAGGCAACCAACACGGACGACUUCCUGCUCGCCGUUCUAAUGCGUAUACGUGCCAGUGAUCUCGAGGAGGCUCUUUUGCUACUUCCCUUUGCUAGUGUCUGUGAGAUAUUAGAGCGUAUUCCGAAACUAACGCAAACCCGUCAGGAUCACACGGAAAUCAUCUGCAAAGUAGUUUUAUUUUUGUUCCGUAUUCACCAGAAGCCGAUCGUGAGCAAUCAAAUGCUACUGCCGGUAAUUCAGGACAUCAUCGGUAAACUGCAAAGAGCAAUCGUUGAACUGAGGGACAUGAUCGGGGUCAAUUAUCACGGGAUGCAAAUGCUGCAGCGAGAAGUGGAAGCGAACCAGGGCGUCGAUUUGUUCCGCGAUGCUACGAAAUCGAAACGAGCGAAGGACAAGAAGCGGAGAAGAAAAGAGCUGACAAAACGAACGUUCGUUCAAAUAAGCACAUAGGAAACAUCCUGUACUCGAGACGUGUCUUGAUGUUGAUAUCAAUAUAAUAUUAAAAACUGGUUAACAUGUAAAUAAGCCAUUAAAAAUUGUUUGAUGAU